AACUGUGCUGUGCUCUGGGAACUGCAGCAAAAGCCGCAAUGGUACCUCGACGAUGCCUCUGACGCCCACGAAGUUGUUGUCGACCCCUUCAAUCAUGAGCUCUGGACCUGUAUAUGUCAACUGAAACGGAAGAGAGACCCUCCGUUUUGAUUGUAGACGAAAGUCUGCUAAAUCAAUCAAUGAUUCAACGUGGUUAAAGUAGUCGUUCAUUGAACGGAAAAUCACGAUGACUGGCGAAUUUCCAGGGACCUCUUGUACGAACUCAAUCAGUGUACGUGCUAAGUCGGUUUGAUUUCUCUGAUGCUUAUCGUUCGGCUUCUGCUUGUUGUUCUGAUGUGGCAGUCCGUGUCUUCCUUUUCUCGAUACGUGAGGCAUUGUUUGUACGGUCCAUCUAGACAUGUAUCUAGUGUGGGAGGAGUUGAAGUAGGCAUGGGAUAGGGAGGUCGAGGUGGAAUUAGCGACAGGAGAUGGGAACGGCGAGACAAUUCCAAUGUUAACACACAAGAUGUAGAUUGUACAGCAAAUAUGUGACACGCCUAU